AGGCGGAAGCGUAUUGUCAACAACUUGUACCAACCGCAUUCGCAUGCCGACUUAUUAAUAUUAAUGUCAAAGCGUUUCAAUUUUUACGCAACCUCCUCCCUUUAAACGUCCACCGGGCUUGAGCUUUUGGGCUACCAAGAGCCAAGCACACACUCAUUCAAUAAUUACACUCGCUGAUUUAUCCAACAAUUUCCAGAAAUGCUGAUCUUCAGUAUCAUCACUCUUGUGAUCCUCGGAUCACAUGCUGAUGCAUCACCCGCUAAAGGGCAUCCUAGCACGAGCUGUGAUCUGUCAGGUGCAAGACUCCAAGUGCCUGCUGAUCAGACGCAGCUCGUCGCGCCCACAUAUGCACCGAGCUUUAUCGGUAUUACUGUCGGAACGCAAAACUACACUUGUAAUGCGACCUCAUCCACAUAUGCACUUAUCGGGGCUGUCGCAGAGAUCUUCGACAGCUCAUGCUUAUAUGGCACUCCUGCUUUCGACCGUGUUCCAACCAUAGCAUAUGAUGUGUGGACUGCUACUACUGGUAUAACAAUUCAGGAAGUUAUCACCGCCCUGGAGCUCACGCCCGAUCCUGCCGUGCUGGGACAACACUAUUAUGUUCCGAACCCUAUAGGGUCCGGUUUGUCUCCAAAGUGGGACUUCACAUCAUCCGGGGUGACAGCUGGAAAUCCGAAUGCCUAUGUCAUCGGUGCCAAAAUUGGAGACUUGCCUAGUUCGAACUCGAACAAUAUUGAUGAAUUGAUGGUUAAGGCUGUUGAGGGAGAACUAGCUAGCCUAGUUUUCAGGGUGGAAACCAACGGAGGUCAGCCACCCCAUCAGUGUGCAGCAGGAGAUUCCAUCAUUACUGUCAAAUACACUUCCCAAUAUUGGCUCUUCUGAUGUCUAUAUUUCAAAACUUCACCCUACCGUCGAUAGAGUGUCUGUCGUACUGCCAUUUAUAUGCAAUAUUCUCUUUCGUCAGCUCAAAAAGCCGCAUCAACAUAAAGCCGCAAGCAAUGUGAGAGGUAGAUCGUGUAAUCGGUGUUUUGGUGCAUUGCUCCG